AUGACGUAUUUCAUGUGCUACUUGGCUGAAGUUGUCUCAGCAAGAAAUAGAUUUGAUGCCACAUUACAACUUUUAGUGGACAAAAGAGAUGAGGGGCAAGAAUCUAGUGAUGAAGGCGGUGAAAUUGAUAUUUGUCUCAGUGAGCCAUCUCCAAUGCAGUCUCCAAGUAAGCGUGCGUCUACCACUAGAGGGAGAAAAAGAAAGCGAGCAAAGGACGAUUCUGAUUACGAGCCCGGACAAUACCAGCACACAUACAUUAUGAAGCUGUUUGAUCGCAGUGUGGACUUAGCGGUCUUUGAUGAAGAUUCUCCACUCUACCCAAUUUGUCGCGCUUGGCUGAAAAACAACCCACACAGUAGAGAGCCCCCCCCUCACUCCCCCUCCCCAGAGCCCGAGUCAGCACCUGCCAGUGAAGAGGAGACUGAACGAAUUCCAGAUAUUUACAAAAUGCCACCCCCAAUAAAACAGGAUCCUGAUGACCAUACUGACUACAGGAUUCCCCACCCCGUGCCUCAACCUAAGACAUUUUUCUUUAUAUCGGACGCAGAUGAUGCUCCCCCGGCAGAAAGUCUCCUCCUAAAACACAUGGAGAGGUGGAAACAGGUCAGACAGAGUUGGAUAGACCAAGGCCGAAUCAAUGAGAUGAGAUAUGGAGAGAGUAUGCAGCUACUUCGGGACAUUUUUGACUGUCAGAUGAAGGACGCUUAAUCUAUCAUUCUGUUAAAGUGAGAAUCAUUUUGUAAUGAACUGUUGUUAUGAGAAACAACUGAUACACGUACUUAGAAAAAAAUUUGUGGAUUGAUUUUAGAUUUUACAUGUUGUUAUGAUAACAAUAUUCUUUACAAAGUCAGAAUCAAAAACUUAUGUUCAGAAUAUUUUUCCUUUUAGUAUUAAAUUAAAGAAGUACUGUAUACAGGGUUAUUUUCGCCUCGUGUUAUUUUCGCCUCGUGUUAUUUUCGUCCUUUUGGACUUGCAAACAAUUUUGCUCCGUUUUAAAUUCGCCCAGUCAUAGUUCUUUUUAAGAAAGUAUGCUGUGUAAUUUGAAUUCGCCCCAUUUUAAAUUCGCCCAAUCAAGAAGAGGGCAAAAGGGACGAAAAUAAAAUGGGGGCGAAAAUUUCCCUGUAUACAGUAUUAUUUGUUUAAACUUGUUAUUUCUGUCUUUUGUAAAUUCAUACAGUUUCACAUAUGUAUGCAUCACACUAAUAUAAUUAGUAAUAAAGUGAUUUUAUUUUU